GCAAGGGGCCAGCCUAUGAUGAAGUGGGACGUGUGUCUGAGUCUAGAGGUACCGGACUGCCAGACUCGCUCAGAUAAAUGCCACCAGCUGCUCCGCCCUAACGAGGCGAUGCACCAGCACAUGGAGAUUUGUAUGUCCAAACUUAAAGGUUGUCCUCACCACGCCACCAUGACCCCUGACGACCACAUCACCAUGAAGACUUGUAUGAAACCGCAUCUUCACUCACACCUCGAGGGCAUCAACAACACGGAAGUAAAGACAGAAGUACUUGAUCGAUUCGACAACUGCUUUGCUAAUAACGUAAUGCCGGAUAUGUUUAAGUGCUUAAUAAAGUCAUGCAUCAACGUCGUCUCCAUAUAAGUCCAGACGCCCACACCUCGUGACGUCAUACUUGUAGCAACAACGUGGUGACGUCACAGCAUUAGUGAAGGCAACACCAGCACCGUCUCUCAGGACACCUGGGAUAGACAGUGCCCCCAACUGGUGAGGUGUCAACAUUAGCCACCACCUGACCACCCUGAGCUACCUCCUGACCUCUCGUGAAGACUGACCUGUGUUUUGCUGUGUUUACUGUGUACCAUUAGAGGUCCUGGUGGUAACGGUGCAUUUAGUUUUAUUGAAACUUGGCGAAAGUAAUCGACAAGACUUUAAAUUUUAGUUACACUUCGUUUUGACUUUCAUUUUAUCGGUUUCAUAUACAUCACAAUAACUUCUUUGAAAUAAAAUGUCAACUAUUGAACCA